UUAGGCUGAGAGGAUGUAUAAGAGGGGAGCGGCGAAGCCUGAGUACGCGACAGCUAAAAUAGCGGUGUGGUGGGACAUGAAGUGCUGUCCGAUUCCCGAGGGUUAUGAUGCUCGUCUGGUCCGCCCGAGCAUAGAAGCGGCGUUCAAUGAACUAGGCUACUCUGGUCCUGUCUCCAUCACCGGCUAUGGCGACCAAAGACAAACCCCUUGUCACAUCCUGCGAGGUCUCUCUUCCACCGGAGUCGCUGUUGCACAAAUCAAAUCCGAAAGCACAUGCUCACUCAUGUAUUCGAAUAUGCUGGAGUGGCGAGAUCAUAAUCCUCCUCCGGCUACAAUGAUGCUCAUAUCCGAUCAGUGGCAAGAUGUCUUCUCUUGGGAUCUGGCCCGUCUACAACAGCACACGAAAUACAACCUUUUUCUGUCUUAUUCAACUAAGUCUAACAUAGGUUCGGCACUGGAACCUUGUGGAAAGUGGACCUGGACGAAGUUACUUGCGACCAAAAGGGAACUUGUUCAGGACCAAAAGUGCUGCAGUCGUGAGUUAUCUGCCAUGUUUUAUUGCAAAUCGUGCAGUUACCAAGGCCAAAGCGUGGAGGGUUUCAGGAAGCAUCUCUCGACUAGAAAGCAUGCAGUGAGAGAGGUUACAAACCGUAUACAUCCAGAACUUGACUAUUUGACGAGGACGUGGGCAAAGGACUACCCUGCAAAGCCUGAGUACGCGACAGCUCAAAUAGCGGUGUGGUGGGACAUGAUGGACUGUCCAAUUCCCGAGGGUUAUGAUGCUCGUCAGGUCCGUCCGAGUUUAGAAGCCGCGUUCAAGAAACUAGGCUACUCGGGUCCUGUCUCCAUCACUGCCUAUGGCGACCACAACAAAACCCCUGAUUACAUCCUGCGAGAGCUCUCUUCCACUGGAGUCGGUCUUGCACAUUCCAUUCCCGAAGUCAUAUACAGUCGCAUGUUUAGAAAUUUGUCGGAGUGGAAAGAUAGUAAUCCUCCUCCGGCUACAAUUAUGCUCAUAUCCGAUGCUGUGGAGGUGAUGUUCUCAGGUGCUCUUGCCCGGUUACUACAAGAGACGAAAUACAACCUUUUUCUGGCUUAUUCAUAUAGGCCUUACAAAAUGUCAGUCUUGCUCACUUCUGCAGAGUGGCUUUGGGAAAGCUUACUUCUUGCAGAGACAAGAAGACACGUUCUUGGCAAGUGCAGUGAAAGGGGUGAAUCUACCAAAAUGUUUUCUUGCUCAGUGUGUAUUUGUGAUUGCAAAAGCCUUGAAGAUUUGAGGACGCACCUCUCAAGUGAAGACCAUGCAGUGCUUGAGCGUCAUUAUCCUGAGGUUAUUCGAAUGAAGUACCGCUGUAUAAAGCAGUGUCAGAAGACCGAAGUACUAGCAAAUUUGCCAGAGAGAAAACGUAUGAGGAAAGCAUAUCGGACGGGUUUUGGUCAUCUUCAUAAUCAGUUACGUCUUAAUAAUAGUUGAGCUCGACGUACGG